UCACGCCUCCACGUCGUCCAUUAAUUCCUGAUAAUGGACACCUCGUCGGGCAUUAUCCCUUACAUAUUGUAUAAGUAAAGAGUAUUCAUUGUUAAAGCCCUCAGAUAUGUGAGGGUAUUUUGCCUUGAUCUGUGAAUGUUUACAUUAUGUCAUACUUCGCGCCUGUAAUCAAGAUAGCAAUCUUUUUUUUUGUACUUACUUUUAAUUUCACUUAAAUAUGUAAAUAAAUGCAUGUACAUUUAAAAAACAUCCUUUUUGCAGUGAAUCUAACAUCUUUGGAAUCCUUUCUUAUCUCAUCCUUCCUCCAUUCUUUGCUCAGUAUAAAUUUAUAUAAAUUUAAAAACACAAAAAAUUAUAUACAUGUCAGAGGUCAUGAUAAUUAAAACAGGAAAAACAUUGAAAUGCCAGUGGAUUAAGUUCGAUAAACUAGACGCAAACGGGAUUUUGUGAUUAACAUUUUCCUCCCAGUGUGUAAAGCGUGUGAUUGGUCAUUGCCAGGUAAGAGGCGGGACUUCCCCAAUGUCCACCCCCCCUUACCCCUUCUAGUCACGUGGCCCUCUUUGUUGCAUAAUCCUUCUUGUAAUCCCAGUGUAAUCCAGGCUCAAUCCCAUUAGCAGAGUAGCAGAGUAACAUGGAAAGUCACUCCAUGGGCUGCAUCCCAAAUCGCAUACUUUUCCUUUGUUUACUUCUACCGCAGCCAACCCUUACAGAGUACGCACCGUUGCACCAAGUAUGCAUAUAAUUGGGACGGACCCCAGGUGAUUUCUCUGAUAAGCAAACUAGUGCCACCCAUGUAUCUUCUUCUGCAAAGCAUUGUGGGUCUUUAGCGUCAAAGCUCUGAAUAAGGACGAAGACGAGGAUGAGGAUGAAGACGAUGAGGAUGACGACAAUUACGAAGAAGAGCAGAUCGCGUCGGCGGAGACGGGACCGCACCCCCCACCCAUCCCCGUGAUGUCAACGCCCACCGCCGGCCAUGACACCCACACUGCCGGACCGUCGGCAGAGCCGCAGGACAGCCCCUUACCUGACACAGAGACAAAAGCUUCUGAAAUGAGAGAGGCCCCCGACCCUGCAGUGGAUGAGAAGACUAGUGUCAUCACCAAACCAACCAAUGGCAGCGCAGACAUCCCAUCAAAGGAUCAAUUAGGGCCUGACAAGAAGCCUUCCCUCUUCCGUCCGCUCUCCCUGAACCGGUCCGAGCCGCCCGAGAAACCAGACCUCCACGUCCCUGCAGCCGCCGGCCCCUCGGUGGCCCCUCCCCCGCCUCAGGCCCCGCCCCCGCCUCCCAGACGCAGGGGUGCACGCUCCAGCACGUGCACUUUAUUUUAAACUUCCGAGUGAGGAAAACGGAAGCCUAUUCUGGAAGACUCUCUGCGUGUCUGUGGCCCUUUAAAAAAAAAAAAAAUGUGAUGAUGAUGUGAAUACGACGGGAAGGUGCUGUCACACCAAAAUUGUACCAGGGGCGAAAAUUGUACCGCCUACAUAAUUCAUGUUUGAAACAUUACGUCAUCGUUCAACGCGAUUGUCCGUUGCCAGGCAGGCUUCAAAAAACAUUCGCACUCAUGUCGCCAAAGACAAAAUAACAUCGUACAGAUAACACUUUUUUUUACUUUAUAUUUUUAUUGUAUUGAAUUUAGCUAGUAAACUGAGUGUUUCAAGUGUAUCAUAGUCUAGCUAGCUUGUGUUGAUACUCAGUUUACUAGCUAAAUGCGACUAAACAAUUACAUACAAUACAAAUAUAAAGUUAGCAACGCAAAUAAAUGUCAUUUGUAAAAUAAGUGUUAUCUGUUUAAUGUUAUUUCGUCUUGUGACGCUCAAUGAAUGAGCGCGAAUGUUCAUGAACCUUCUUACGUCAUCGUUCGACGCGAUCGUCCGUUUCCAGGCAACGUUCGACGCGAUCGUCCGUUGCCAGGUAGGUUUGGAAUUUUUGAACGCAGAUUACGUAGGCGGUACAAAAUUUGCCCCGGUAAAAUGUUGCUGUGACAGUGCCCCUUUUAACUCUAGGUACACCAGCGCAGGAGCAAACCAGCGUGCAAUGACACCUUGUCUCCACCAGAGUUCAUAAUUUAGUUGAAAAUAAUAAUAUUGAGGUUCGUUCCCGUUGUUAUUGCCAGGGCAGAGUAAGACGCAAAGGUUAAAAUUAUCCUUUGGACCUCUUUAUGAUAGCUCAAGAGCCAUAGGGUGCAUGCAUGAUAUAAGUUUGUCUGCAUACAUUGAAUUUUGAAUUUCAUUUAUGAAUUUAUUUCUGAAUUUAGUGAUGCCCCCCACCGAUAUAAAUACCUUUUUGAAUGUCGUGUGCACAAGUACCAUGUUUACCGGUUAGUGACGACGACAACAAAAACUGUGUGUGCCUUCUUUUGUAAACGAAACCACUAGAUUUGAACCACUCAUUUGCAGCGACUUUACUGUGUGGUGUGUCAUUACAUUGUGUGGUGUGUGUGUGUGUGUGUGUGUGUGUGUCAGCUUUUUGGAAAGAUGGUAUAUCAAAGUGGCACAUUUUUAUGUACACUGAGUUAAAAUGUUUGUGUUUAAACAAUUAUGAGGAUGUACAUAAUAUUUAUUGUGAAAUCUUGCACAUUUGCACUUUUCAUAGGUUUCACGUGUAUGUUACAGAGGAGGUGCAUGUGUGAUAUUUGAUGAAUAUGGUAAAAAAAAGUGACCUGUCAUUUACUUUUCAUUGUUUUUUUGUGAAUACCAGUAAAGCCUUUUUCAUACACAGUA